UUGAACGGUCAACCCGCAAGAAGCCGGAUAUACUUAAAUAAUUACAUCACUUUUUUGAAAGAUUUCUAAUUCUCUCUGUCUCUCGCUAAAAAACAGAAAUUCACGAAUUUUGAUCAACAAAAACUGGUCGAAUUUAUUGAUCUAUCAAUUCGCACAAAGGGAAAAGGGAAAAGAUAUAGUAAUAGCUCGAGGAAUUUCACGGUUUUUGUAUAAUCAUGUCGAUGUCUGAUUCGGACACGUCGUCUCAGGGUAGCGAGUUCAAGAACUUCCGCCAAAUUACCCGUGACAGAUUACUAAAUGAAAUGCUUCGAUCGACCAAAACAGGGGAUUCGAAGUCAAGUUGGAAGGUACUCAUCAUGGACAAGGUUACUCUUAAAAUAAUCUCUAAUGCAUGCAAGAUGUCAGAUAUCACUGAUGAAGGAGUUUCACUGGUGGAAGACAUAUACAAGCGAAGGCAGCCACUGCCAACCAUGGAUGCUGUAUACUUCAUCCAGCCAACUAAAGAGAACGUUGUCAUGUUCCUCUCCGAUAUGUCUGGAAAAUCGCCAUUGUACAAAAAGGCAUUUGUCUUCUUUAGUUCACCUGUUACCCGAGAAUUGGUUAAUCACAUAAAGAGGGACAGAGGUGUUAUGUCUCGCAUAGGUGCCUUAAGAGAGAUGAACUUGGAGUAUUUUCCCAUAGAUAGUCAGGGUUUCGUCACUGAUAAUGAGAAAGCUCUUGAGGAACUCUUCGGGGAGGAAGAAAGUUCUCGCAAAGGCGAUGCAUGUUUGAAUUUGAUGGCCACUCGUAUAGCUACAGUCUUUGCAUCAUUGCGGGAGUUUCCAUUAGUACGCUACCGUGCUGCCAAAUCCCUUGAUCCUAACACAAUGACAACAUUUCAAGAUCUAAUUCCUACAAAACUUGCUGCUGGCGUUUGGAAUUGUCUCAUGAAAUACAAAAACCUCCCAAACUUCCCCCAGUCAGAGACAUGCGAGUUGCUCAUCCUGGAUAGAUCAAUAGACCAGAUUGCUCCAAUCAUACAUGAAUGGACAUAUGACGCCAUGUGCCAUGAUUUACUUAAUAUGGAAGGAAAUAAAUAUGUGCAUGAGGUUCCAAAUAGAACAGGUGGUCUUCCUGAGAAGAAAGAGGUCCUUUUGGAGGAUCAUGACCCAAUUUGGCUAGAGCUUCGCCAUUCGCAUAUAGCUGAUGCUAGUGAACGUUUGCAUGAGAAGAUGACUAACUUCGUAUCAAAAAACAAAGCUGCACAAAUCCAUGGUUCAAGAGAUGCUGGUAAUUUGUCUACUCGUGACUUACAAAAGAUGGUUCAAGCUUUGCCUCAAUAUAGUGAACAAAUUGAAAAACUCUCCCUCCAUGUUGAUAUUGCUGGAAAAAUUAACAAAAUUAUCCGGGAAAUGGGGCUUAAAGAACUCGGGCAAAUAGAGCAGGAUCUUGUUUUUGGAGAUGCAGGAACCAAAGAUCUUAUCAAUUUUCUGAGAAUGAAAGAGGAUGUAACACCGGAAAAUAAACUACGGUUAUUGAUGAUCUAUGCAGCUGUUUAUCCUGAGAAGUUUGAAGAUGGAAAAAUUGCAAAACUCAUGGAGUUGGCAAGAUUACCACAAGAGGAUACAAAUGCUGUGUAUAAUAUGAGGUUGCUGGAGGCAUCAUCCGAGACCAAAAAAAGCUCAAUUAUACCAUUUUCUCUUAAAUUUGAUGUUCGCAAGAAGAAGCAUGCUGCUAGAAAAGACCGCCUUGGUGUAGAAGUGGCUUGGCAACUAUCUCGCUUUUACCCUAUUAUAGAGGAACUCAUUGAAAAGCUUAGUAGAGUGGAACUGUCAAAGGAUGACUACCCAUGUAUGAAUGAUCCUAGUCCAACUUUCCAUGCAACAUCCAUACAAAUUCUUAAAUCAUUUUUCUUGAUUAUGGGUUUAGGAUCUUCCUCUUCAAUAUACUUUCUCUAUAAUUCUUCCCCUCCCCCUCCCACUUCACUUCUCCCUCUCCCUCUCAUUUCUUCUGAAACUAUUGUUUAUCCUCAGUUGCGGGUUUGUCAUAAGUUAACAACGAAGUUGAAGCGGGAAAUUGUCCUAGGCUCAUCCAGUCUUGAUGAUCCUGCACAAUUUAUUACGAAAAUGAAGCUGUUGAAUGCAAAUGAACUAUCGUUGGACGAUCUUCAGAUUUAGAUAUCUGUAUCUGGUGACGUGCCCGUUUUACAUCUGUAAAUCACAUAUCCGUACACACUUCAAUGUCUUAGUUUCUUGGACUUCACUUUUCUUUUUCCUUAUAAUUCAUUGUGACGUCGUUUUCUAAUUGUCCGGACACGUGAUUGAUGGCUGUGGCCUGUGUUGUAAUUGAUUUGUCGAGGCUUCUAGCAAUCUGGGGAGUAUAUAAAUAUAAUAGUUGACACAUUUGGAAUUUUGUUGAUCGGAAAAUCCUAAUCAAUGACCCCAUUCGAUGUUAUAUUUU